GUUCAACUGAGUGUUCUGAAUCAUGCCACCACAUUUUAUCGAAGGUCAGCAGUGCGCAUCAUCGACAAACUGUGUGACUGACCUUUGCAAACCUGCUGGAUGGCAGCGCUGGACGUGCCAAAGGGUGCUGUAACAAACACUUUUCGAUCACGCACAGGUGACUUCGUUCAGGCCAUCCAGAGCUGGGAUCAGCGCAUCCUAGCCACACAAUAACGACGACGGCGAUAAAGACGAGGUGAUCCGUUCGGUGCCAAAAAAUCGUCUAAUCGGAUCUGGCUCAAAGUUGCUCCUGUGCCUCCCAUAUUGCACUUGCGAGGCCUUGAGCCCCUCGGUGGACGCUCCUCAUGCCAUCGGAUCUGGACAAUCAAAUCGAGCUGCUCCAACAGUGCAAGCAGAUCAGCGAAGAACAGGUUCGGAAUCUUUGCUUGAAAGCUCGAGAGAUUCUGAUUGAAGAGGCGAACGUGCAACAUGUGGAUGCGCCCGUGACAAUAUGCGGUGACAUCCAUGGUCAGUUCUACGACCUGCUGGAGCUCUUCAAGCAUGGCGGCAUGUGCCCCGAAACAAAGUACCUCUUUAUGGGCGACUUUGUCGACCGAGGUUUCUACAGCGUCGAAACCUUCCUCCUCCUGCUGGCUUACAAGGUCCGAUACCCAGACUGCAUCACUCUGAUUCGUGGCAACCACGAGUCGCGCCAGAUCACCCAGGUAUAUGGAUUCUAUGACGAGUGUAUGCGCAAGUACGGCAGCGUGAACGUCUGGCGAUAUUGCUGCGAGGUAUUUGACUACCUUGCCAUCGGGGCUGUCGUGGAUGGGAGGGUGUUCUGCGUGCAUGGCGGACUGAGCCCCAACAUCUCAACGAUCGAUCAAAUACGCUCCAUCGAUCGCAAGCAAGAAGUGCCACACGACGGGGCCAUGUGCGACCUUCUCUGGUCCGAUCCCGAUGACAUCCAAGGUUGGGGCAUGUCGCCUCGCGGCGCAGGUUUCCUCUUCGGCGCAGACAUCGUCUCGACGUUUGCGCACAAUAAUGACCUCGAUCUGAUCGCCCGCGCGCACCAGCUUGUGCUAGAAGGCUACAAGCUCAUGUUCGACCAGACGAUCGUAACAGUGUGGUCCGCGCCGAACUACUGUUAUCGCUGCGGCAACGUCGCCAGCAUCCUCAAGCUAGACGAUGCGCUCAAUCAAAAAUACGAGACGUUCACCGAGGCGGCGCAAGAGGCGCAUGGCGCACCGGCCAAGCGACCUGCCCCGGACUACUUCCUCUGAUUUUACUUUUAUGCAGUAUAUCAGUCUUCACUCGCUUUCCAUCGCCCCCAAUUGCCACUCGCCACCUUUCGUGUUUCUUCUGCAUUUGCCUGUUGACCAUCCUUUUGUAGCAAUAGAGAAGAUGACUGAUAAGCGCUGACAAUGCAUACUUCAUACCAG